AUGGACAUUCCCCAGCCCGAGGAUUACCAGAUUGGCUGGAUUUAUGCUUUACAACUGGAGCUUACUGCUGCGAAAGUUUUCUUUGACAAAGAGUAUCCCCAACCUCAAGAUGCGGCCCAAAACGACAACAACAACUAUGUUCUGGGGAGAAUGGGCAAACAUCAUAUCGUCGUUGCAGGGCUUCCCCUUGGCCAAACAGGAAACAACUCCGCGGCGACGGUGCUAAAAGAUAUGGUUCGGUCUUAUCCAAACCUGCGGUUCGUCCUCAUGGUCGGCAUUGGAGGAGGGGUGCCAAACGCCAAGAAUAACUUGAGAGAAGAAUGCGAAAACGAAAUUCAUCUGGGCGAUGUUGUUGUCAGCGCUCCCUCUGGACAACACGGUGCAGUCAUCCAGUACGAUUUCGGCAAAGAGCAUCAAGACCGCGGUUUCGAGUUCACCGGCUACCAAAACCUGCCGUCUGCUACGCUGCUUGGGGCUAUCCCCACCCUACAGUCGAAUCACGAUAUUGAUGGCACAGAUUCGCUUGCCAAUAGGAUCGAGGAAAGAUUGAACCUGAAGCCCAAACUCAGAAAGACGUAUGGGCGCCCCGAAAACAAGACGGACAAGCUCUACUCGUCAGACUUCGUCCAUGUCGAUGGCAAUGCUACAUGCAAUGAAUGCGACGAGACCAAGAUUAUACGAAGAGGGCGCGAAGACGAAGACAAGGUCCCCCGAGUCCACUACGGACUUAUCGCAUCCGGAAACAAAGUGAUGAGAGAUGCCAAGCAGCGAGAUUUCCUGGCCAAAGAAAAGGGUGUCCUUUGUUUUGAGAUGGAAGCUGGAGGUUUGAUGAACUCAUGGUCUUGUUUGGUCGUUAGAGGCAUUUGUGACUACAGCGACUCUCACAAGCACAAGAAGUGGCAACAAUACUCGGCGUUGUCCGCCGCAUCCUACGCAAGAGAGCUGCUGGAUCUGAUCCCGCAACAGAGGAUCGGAGGGGAUCAGAAGAUUGCCGACCAAAUUUCCAAGGAUGGUUAG